AUGGCGGAGGAAGAAGGCGUAAAGAUCAAGUACAUUUUUGAAACACAUUUUCAUGCCGAUUUUGUAAGCGGCCACCUGGAGCUGAGUCAGAAGACGGGAGCACCUAUUAUUUACGGUCCGCAAACAGAAGCAGGUUUCCCGGUACAGCUCGCUAAAGACGGUGAAGUAUUUACCGUAGGCGACCUGGAAAUACAAGCCUUACAUACACCAGGCCAUACCCUGGAAAGUACUUGUUACCUGUUGAAGGAUGCCGCUGGUAAUCCCUAUUGCAUUUUUACCGGCGAUACGCUGUUUGUGGGAGAUGUGGGCCGCCCGGAUCUUUUUAGCGGCAACCUGAGCAAGGAAGAGCUGGCCGGUAUGAUGUACGAUUCUUUACAGGCAAAGAUCAAGCCGCUGAACGACGCGAUUAUUGUCUAUCCUGCUCACGGACCAGGCUCCGCUUGUGGCAAGAGCCUCGGGCCGGAGACGUUUAGCACGAUCGGCACCCAGAAGGCGACAAACUACGCCUUGCAGGACAUGACCAGGGACGCUUUUAUAGAAGAAGUUACCAGCGGGCUGGCAGACCCGCCAGCCUAUUUCCCGGUGAAUGCCCGCAUAAAUAAAGAAGGCUACCGCGCGCUGGAUGAGGUAAUGAGUGAAUCUGCCAAUGCCUUGUCCAUCGAAGAUUUUAAAGCCUCCGUGAAGAAGGGUGCCUGGAUUUUGGAUACACGCCCGUCCUCGGUAUUUACGGAGGGUUUUAUACCUGAGUCGCUAAGCAUCGGGCUCGACGGACGUUUUGCAGAAUGGGCGGGCAGCUUACUGCCGUUUUCACAAGAGUUGGUACUGGUUACAGAAGCCGGAAAGGAACACGAGAGUAUCAUCAGGCUGGCCAGGGUCGGGUUUGACAAUGUCGCAGGUUACCUCGACGGUGGUUAUGAAGCGUGGCUGGCCGCCGGGGAGAAGAUAGAUAUGAUCAUCGAUAUAGAGGCCGAUGAACUGGCUAUGGAUUUGCCGCACGAUGACCGGCUGGAAGUGAUUGACGUUCGUAAGCCGGCAGAGUUUGAAGCCGGGCAUGUAAAGGGCGCUAUGAACCUGCCAUUAAAUACCAUGAUGGACCCGCUGAACAUUGCGAUGGUAGAAACAGAUCAUAACCUGUACGUGCAUUGUGCCGGUGGAUACAGGUCUGUCAUUGCAGCUUCUAUCCUCAAGCGCGAAGGGUUUCAUAACCUGCGCAAUAUAACGGGCGGCUGGGGCAAGAUUAAGGAGGAAAAAGGCAUUCCCCGCGUAUUUCCCGAGAAAGUAAAGUAA